AUGAAGUUCAACGCUGCCGCUGCCGCAACUGCGGCCGCCGUGCUCGCUGGUGCCGCCCACGCUGAAGAGGCCGACCCUUCUCCUGUUGCCGUCGAGAUCCCUACCUUUACUCCCACCGCCAUCAAGGCCGACUUCCUCGAGCAGUUCACCGAUGAUUGGGAGAAGCGCUGGAAGCCUUCUACCGCCAAGAAGGACAUGAAGAAGAGCGCCGAUAAGGACAAGGAGGAGGAAGAAUGGGCCUACGUCGGCCAGUGGGCUGUCGAGGAGCCCACCGUCUACAACGGCGCUGUUGGCGACAAAGGUCUCGUUGUCAAGAACCCUGCCGCUCACCACGCCAUCUCGGCCAAGUUCCCCAAGAAGAUUGACAACAAGGGCAAGACCCUCGUCGUCCAAUACGAGGUCAAGCUUCAGAACGGCCUCGAGUGUGGUGGUGCCUACAUGAAGCUGCUCCGCGACAACAAGGCUCUCCACCAGGAAGAGUUCAGCAAUGCCACUCCCUAUGUCAUCAUGUUUGGCCCUGACAAGUGCGGCCACACGAACAAGGUGCACUUCAUCUUCAACCACAAGAACCCCAAGACGGGCGAGUACGAGGAGAAGCACCUCACCUCUGCCCCCUCGGCCAAGAUUGUCAAGACAACCGAGCUCUACACUCUGAUUGUCAACCCCGACAACACCUACGCCAUCCGACAGAACGGCGAGGAUGUCAAGUCUGGCUCUCUCCUUGAGGACUUUUCGCCGCCCGUCAACCCCGAGGCCGAGAUUGACGACGCCAAGGACACCAAGCCCGAGGACUGGGUUGACCAGGCUCGCAUCCCCGACCCCGAGGCCAAGAAGCCCGAGGAUUGGGACGAGGAGGCUCCCUUCGAGAUUGUUGAUGAGGAGGCCACCAAGCCCGAGGACUGGCUCGACGAGGAGCCCCUCACCAUCGCUGACCCCGAGGCCCAGAAGCCUGAGGAUUGGGACGUGGAGGAGGACGGUGACUUCAUCGCCCCUACUGUGCCCAACCCCAAGUGCGGCGACGUCUCUGGCUGUGGUCCCUGGAAGAAGCCCAUGAAGAAGAACCCCGACUACAAGGGCAAGUGGACCGCCCCCUACGUCGACAACCCCGACUACAAGGGACCUUGGGCUCCUCGCAAGAUCAAGAACCCCGACUUCUUUGAGGACAAGACCCCCGCCAACUUUGAGCCCAUGGGUGCUAUUGGAUUCGAGAUCUGGACCAUGCAGAGCGACAUCCUGUUCAACAACAUCUACAUUGGCCACUCGAUUGCUGACGCUGAGAAGCUUGGCAACGAGACCUUUGUUCCCAAGCACGCCGCCGAGCUCGCCCUGGCCGAGGCUGACAAGCCCAAGGUUGACGAGCCCCAGUCGCCGUCUGACCUCAAGUUCCUCGACGACCCGGUCCUGUACGUCCGCGAGAAGGUUGACCUGUUCCUCACCAUUGCCCAGCGCGAUCCUCUCGAGGCUGUGCGAUUCGUUCCCGAGGUUGCCGCCGGUAUUGGUGCCAUUCUUGUCUCCCUGAUUGCCGUGACGCUUGCAAUCCUUGGCCUGGGUAGCAGCUCCUCGGCGCCCGCCCAGGGCAAGAAGACGGAGAAGACCAAGAAGGAGGAGGGCUCCAAGGCUACCACGACCGGAGCGGAGAAGGCCAAGGGUGAAGCUACUAAGCGUAACACGCGCAGCCAGAACUAA